AACUGAUUCACUGUAAAAGAGCCGACUCAUAAGAAUGAUUCGUUCAUGAAUCCUCUGGUUUGUUGUCGCGGGGCGCUGUGAAGAAACAGCAAUAUUUAUUUCUAAUGGAAGCACGUUGCACGAGACAAUAACGAGUGUCAUAACUGAGAGGGUGUUUUUCAAGAAAAGUUUUUUAAUUCUCUGAUGCAGUUUUUAAAAAAAUAUAUUUUUUCUGUUAGCAUGAUUGUCAAUUACAGUAGUAGCAGUUCUGAAGAGGAAACAGAAAACACUUCAAAAGAUGAUUCCUCACCUUUAAGGAAAAGAAGAAUGCUCGACACUGAAAACAGCACCAGUGAACCUUUGGAUCAUGGAUCUGUUAAAAGGAAAGCUGGCAAAUCAGCCCACUCUACACCUCGACUGCCUCUUCCUGAUAGCGUGAAGGAGAUGUUCAGAGAAUCAGAAGAACAGUGGAUCGAUAAAAGUGAAGAGCAUGGAGGGCGACUGCGGUCCUUCCAGCAUGAGCGGGGGAACUGGGCUACAUGCGUGUUCUGUCCUUAUGAUCCUGAGGAGGCCUUUCUGGAGCUACUCAAUGAAAUGAUGGUGGUUGCGGCCACUCACGGCAUCCCCCUGUCCCUGUCUGAAGAAUUUCACCUCAGUCUCUCAAAGACAGUGGUUCUGCGCCAUCACUGGAUCCAGCCAUUUAUUCAGUCCAUUCAGACCGGUCUGACACAGUUCCAGAAGUUUUUCUGCUUGGCUGAUAAACUGAAGGUUUAUUCUAAUGCUGAAAAGUCUAGUUGUUCAUGCAGGACCUUCCUUGGUAUGGAAAUCUCCACUGGAAAAACUCAGUUGCUUGAGCUCAUCAAAAUAGUGGACGAAACCAUGACAGAAUUCAACCUUAGCACCUUUUAUAAGGAUCCUUCUUUCCACAUAAGCCUUGCUUGGUGUGUGGGUGAUCAUGUGGAAACACUGAAAAAAACAUGUUUAUCAGAAUUGCAGAGUCUCGUUGACGCUCAUGAAGACGGGCCAUUUUACAUACAGCUCAACUGCACGGAGCUUCGCUGCAAAUCGGGAAAUAAAGUCUUUCUUUUCCCCCUCCAGUGAUCUUGAAACUUUGUUUAGAAUGUGAAUUUUCAGGUUUGCUAACAUGUAUUGCAGUCAACAUUUGUGUUUUAAUACGUUUCAUAUUUA